AUGGCGAUCACAUUAGGAUGUGAACUUGCCUGCACCUACUCAGCCCUUAUCCUGCUUGAUGAUGAGGUGACGGUGACGGAGGGCUUGUUUGCAAAGGCUCUGGCCAAUGUCAACAUGGGGAGCCUCAUCUGCAAGGCAGGAGCCGGUGGACCUGCCCCAGCAGCUGGUGUGGCUCUAGGAGGAGGUCCCUCCCUUGUCACCACUGCUGCCCCAGCUAAGAAGAAAGUGGAAGUAAAGAAAGAAUCUGAGGAGUCUGAUGAUGACAUGGGCUUUCUUCGUCUUUUUGACUAA